AUGCCCUCGCGCGCUCCCGGCGACGACCGACCGUCGCCGCAGGGGUACUACCGCUGGCCCGCCCUCCACGGCGACGUCCUCGUCUUCGUGUGCGAGGACGACCUCUGGCGGUGCGACGUUGCCGGCGGUGUCGCCACCCGAAUCACGGACGCUCCGGGACCCGUCCUCGCGCCGCUCGUCUCGCGCGACGGCACCCGAGUCGCGUUCACCGUGCAGCAGGACGCGUGCCAGGAGAUCUACGUGGUUUCCACGCGGGGCGGGCCGGUGACGCAGGUGACGCACGCGGGAGCCGAGCGAACCCGCGUCGCGUGCUGGUCCGCGGACGACACGAGGCUCUUCUUCGCAUCCAGCGCGGGGCAAUCCUUCGUGGACGCCGAUGAGCUGUGGUGCGUCGACAUUGGCGGCGGCGACGACGACGACGGCGAAAGGGGAACGAGCCGACGCGGACGCAUCGUCGAGCCGAGACGGUGCGGGUUCGGCCCCGUUCACGACGCGUGCGUCAGACCCUCGGGCGGUGACUCACCGGGCGGUGACGCAUCAUCGGGCGCGCCCCUUCUCGUGGCCAGAAACUCGGAGGACACGGCGGCGGCGCACUGGAAGGGGUACCGCGGCGGAUGCGGCGGGUCCCUCUGGCUGGAUCCCCGCGGCGACGGUCGCCGGUUCGUGCGGCUGGACGUGUCGCUGGAGGGCGCGGGUGUAUCGGAUGGUGCAUCGGGCGUGAACGUCGGGAGCGUGGCGUGGGCGGUGGACGGUCGGAUCACGCUCGUGGGGGACGACGGCGGCGGUCGGUCCAACCUGUACAGCUUCGACGCGGCCGACGCGGUGGCCAGGGCGCACGCGUCGCCGGAUGCCGCCGCCGCGCCGAGCGCGUCGUCGGUGAAAGUCGCAUACGUAUCCGGCGGCAGGCUGUUUACCAGCGUCCUCGGGGACGGUCCUACCGGGUCUUGGGGUCCCGUGGUCGGGACGGAGGUUCUCGUGGAGUGGCGCGGUUCGCGAGCGGGACGCGAGCGACGCGCGGUGGACGCCGAGGAUUACGUCGACGGUUGGAGCAUCCACCCGGAAGGGCUCACGAUGCUCGCCAACGUCCGCGGUCGAAUGUUCUCCAUGGGUCUGUGGGACGGACCCGCGCUGGAGUACGAGCCGCCCAGGUGCAGGCUGGGGCGGUACCUCUGGGACGGUCGAAGAGUCGCGAUGGUCACGGACGCGUCGGGCGAGGACGACGUAGAGAUCCAUUCCGAGGAUGGCGACUUUCGUAAACGUCGCCUGUGUAUACCCCCGGCGGUGCUGGGCCGUGUGGACGAGAUGGUCUCGAGCCCGGAGUCCCCUUUGAUCGCGGUGGUGAACCACAGGGCGAGGUUGCUUAUAAUCGAUGCGGAAACUGGAAAGGUUCGCACUGCGGAUUUUUCCGACGAGGCCGGCGGCGUCGGCGACCUCGCGUGGUCGCCGUGCGGGAACUGGCUGGCGUACACGAGGUACGACGACCCUGAGCGUUCGCGGGUUCGAAUCCUGGACGCGCGAAGCGGUGAGGUUCGUGACGCGACGGCGCCGGUGCUCGGCGACUGCGCGCCGAGCUGGGAUCCUUCCGGCAACUUUUUAUAUUUUCUCUCCGCCAGGGAGCUGGAGCCGAUGUACGAUUCCGGGCGGUUCGGGCUGUCGUUUCACGGGAUACACAGGCCGCACGCGAUCGCGUUGAGGGCGGACGUGCCCAACCCGCUGCUCCGGGAGCUCCGGCCGCCGCACGACAGCGAAUCAUCCUCCGGCGGGAGCGAUUACGAAGACACAGAAUCCGACACCGACGACGACGACGACUACGAUACCGACGACACCGACGCGGACGCUCCGGAACCCAUCGAGAUCGAUUUCGACGGCAUCUCCGGCCGCAUCGUCGCGCUGCCGAUGCCCGCGGGUCGGUACGGGUCCCUCACCGCGCUGGACGACGGUAAGUUUAUGGUGAUCAGGUACCCGGCUCGUCGAGGCGGUCGGGUCGGCUUGGACGCGCCCUACUACGACUCCGACGCGUCCGACUCGGAUACCGACGACGAGGGAGGCGGCGGCGGCGGUUCGGGCGGCGCGUUGCUGCGCUUCGACGUCCGGCAGCUCAAGACGUGCGUGUUGAUCGACGACGGCGUUCGGUCCGUCGAGCUAUCCAUGGACCGCCGGUCGAUGCUCGUGGAGAAGCGCGACGACUACGGCUGCGUCGACGACGGCGAGGACGUGGACGACACCGCGCCGAAUCGCAGGAGCGGUUUGAUCGACAUCGACGGCAGGUUGGACGUCGUGGUCGACCCCGGCGCGGAGUGGGCGCAGAUGCUGGGCGAGACGUGGCGGCGCCUGAGGGACGAGUGGUGGCACCCGGGGAUGCGAUUCGGGGACGACUCCGGCGUGUGCGACUGGCCGCACGUGUUGCAGAGGUACACAAAGGUUCUUCCGAGGGUCACGUCGCGGCACGAGCUCGCGGACAUGAUGCGGGACAUGGUGGCGGAGCUCAGGUCGUCGCACGUGAGCGUCUACACCGGCGACGUCGGCGAGCACCGACGCAGGCGCGCGCACUCGCCGGGACACCUCGGGGCUGAUUUUACGUGGGACCCCUCCGUGCGCGGCUACGUCGUGGCGAAGAUUGUGGAAGGGGACGUCUGGGACGAGCACACGGGCGGGGCGCUGCGAAAACCCGGCGUGAACGUCGCUGUGGGUGACGUGCUGACCCACGUCAACAGGGUCCGCUUGACCUCGGAGGUUGGCCCGUCCGUCGCGUUGGUGGGCAAGGGGGGAGCCGAGGUUCUCCUGACGUUCACCGCGGGCGAUGGACCGCGGCGGCCGCUCGGCGCGUCCAUGGAGUUCGGCGCCGGCGGGGCCCUCGCGCAGAGGAUCGCGGCGCUCGACGCGAGGUACCGCGACGCGAUCCGAGACAGGACCAAACGCGUCGACGUCCUCGGGAAAGGUUUGGUCGGUUAUCUUCGACUCCCCGACAUGGAGCGCACGGGGUACUCGGAGUUUUGGAGGCACUUCCCGCACGAGGUUCGCAAGGGCGCGCUCGUGGUGGAUUUGAGAGGGAACCUCGGCGGUCACAUCUCGGAGCUGCUGCUCGCAAAGUUGGCGCAGAGGCCGUUGGCUUGGGACGUCCCGAGGCGGGGGUCGCCCACCGUGUACCCCAGCCACGCGAGCGGCGCGGUUGUGGCGCUCGUAGACGAGAACACCGGCAGCGACGCGGAGCUGGCGGCGGAGGCGUUCCGUCGCCUGGGCCUCGGGCGCGUGGUGGGCGCGAGGACGUGGGGCGGUCUGUUGACCACGUCGGAUUCCUUCAAGCUCGUGGACGGGUCGGAGGUGUCCAUGCCCCAGCAGGCGGUGGCCAUGCCCCCCGCGGGCGGGGUCGAUUCCGGCAGGCACCCCGAGAUUGCCAACGGGAUCGAGAACCGCGGGGUGGUUCCGGACGUCGAGGUGGCCAACGCUCCGCACGACUACGCGACCGACGCGGAUCCGCAGCUGGACGCCGCGGUGAGGGAGGCGCUCGCGCUGUUAGCCGCGAAUCCCCCCGCGAGAUUCGACAACACGUCGAGGACGACGGAUGAGGACGAGGCCAGGGCGGCGGCUGCAGAGCGGGCGCACGUCGGGCCGGGCGGGUCCAGGUGGCCGUUCAAGACGUACGCGCCGUACCCGGAGGACGGCGACGAGGAGGAGGAGGAGGUUCACGAGCGGUUCCCCGAGCGCGAGAGGCGCAAGAAACUUCCGAAGGGUGCCAAGGGGAAGCGGUGA